GGUUUGUUGCUUGUGGAAAGUUUCAUGUUGUUGUGACCGCAGAGCCGGAGGGUUAACAUGAGUGAUGGGGCCAGCGCGGACACGGGCAGGGGGCCAGGGCUGGCUCUUGCCGACCGCAGCUGGGGAAAGGUGUGCACCAAAGUCAAGAAGGCGGUGGUGUUUAUGGACGCGGCGUGUGCCGAGAGUUUACACUGGGCUGGCGGAGUGGACAGGCUGCUCCAAGCUGGAGCCCUCAACGUCAAAGAGUUCAGCAGCUUCGAAGCGGGGGCUUCGGGUCAGGUCAAAGCCGUAUUCGUGGUGAGCACUUUGCUGAAGGGACGCACAGCCGACGUGAUCCGCGACAUUGUAACCCUCAGCUGCUUCCAGUAUUGUGUGGUGAUUACUGCGGUUAGCCACUCUGUCCAUCUGUUUGCCAACAAUAUGAUGGCCGAUAUGGAGCAGGAACUGGUCUUCGAAGAAUUCGGGGACCUGCUGUCCCAGUGGAUGGGUAACAUGAAUUACACCGGCGAAGUCAUGCACCUGCCCAUACUAAUCGCGCCCAUUGCUCCCCACCUUUGCAUCACUACAGCCCAUUCGGCUGUGUUUUCGUUUGUGCCUCAGGAUCUGAAACUGAUCAACAAAAACAGACCCGACAAGAAGAAGUUCGGGAGCCUGAACGACAUCGACUUUCAGUCUUUGCCCUUUGAACUUCAGAUUCAAAUCCGAUCAUUGGUUUCAACUUUGAAUUCUAUGUUAGAACUUUUGCACCUCAAGGAAGACUGCUUUGCAGUUGGUCCCACCAGCAGAAUAAUUGCAGGGGAACUUGCCAAUUGUCCACAAGCAAAACACAGAAGAAAAACUGCUCAACAAAAAGCAUCUAUCGUUUUUCUAGAUCGUACUCUUGAUCUCUCAGGUUCUGUUGCUCAUCACGGUGACUGUUUAGUUGAGAAAAUACUUGGCCUUCUGCCUAAAUUUCCAGGGCUCAGCAGUGAUGUGAAAGUGAAUAUGAUGGAUCUUACAUCUGUCCAAAAUAAUGAACAUACCCAGAAUAUGAUUGCUCCAGGAUGCUUAGCUCAAUCCAAUGACCCUUCAGUCAAAACUCUAUGGGAGUCCAUGCUAAACAUGAAACAAAAAGAGGCUGUGAUGGAAGUGCGGAGGCACCUAGUGGAAGCAGCUAGCAAGGAGAAUCUCCCCAUAAAGAUGAGCUUGGGUAGAGUCACACCUGAACAGCUUAACUCCUAUGUCCAGUUAUUUAAAACAAAUUUGAAAGCUUUGGAAAAUCACUGUGAGCUCUUGCAACUUACCAUGGCAACAGUGCAGACUUUGGGACAUCCAAGCUACUCAAAAUGGGACAAUUUCCUCGCUUUUGAAAGGCUGCUGUUACAGGCACUUGGAGAUUGUGAUUUGUCAAGAGUUUUGACUCAAUUUCUGCCUAUGAUUAAGUCUUAUGAGGAGAGAGACAAUUCUGACUACAACCUCGAAGAAAUUCUUGUAUUAUUGGUUUACAUCUAUUCUGUCGUUGGAGAACUCAAGGUAGACAACGUGGUGGAUAAAGCUGAAUGUGACGUUAAGAAAGCUUUGCUGCAAGCAUUAUGCGAUGAACCUAAUUUAUCUGACCUACUUCAGGAAAUAACAGGUUGUUCCUCAGCAUCUGCGUUAACAUUUGACAAAGCCGCUAGUGUUGUGGAUCAAGCGUUUGAAACACUUCGGAGCAUAACAAGAGCACGGGCGCACAUGAAGCAGUUCAAGGCAGUGUAUAGCCCCGGUGAUGACAUCCACCAGGCAACCUACAAGCCUUUGGUGAAGCAGGUGAUAGAGGAGAUCUUCCAUCCAGAUCGAUCUGACAUUGUGGAUAUUGAGUACAUGUCUGGUGGCUUAACAGAACUUCUCAAAACUGGAUUCAGCAUGUUCAUGAAGGUGAGUCGUCCCCAUCCCAGUGACCACCCUCUGCUUAUUUUAUUCCUUGUGGGUGGAGUCACAGCUUCAGAAGUUCGAAUGAUAAAGGAGUCAGUUUCAAUGCACAAACCUAGUUGCCAGGUGAUUGUGUUGGCUACCAGACUAUUAAAUCCACUUGAUGUAACUCGACUCAUCUUUGCAACUGACCGACUGCAUCCUGAUAUUGGAAUAUAACAAUUACAUAAUGGCUAACCAGAAACUUGGGCUAACCAAGACAUAAAACAUACAGAUAUCGAGGACAAGCAAUCUUUCAAGAGAACAGCAGAUAUGUAUAUGAGGAAGAGGUGGCUAACUGCCUGGCUGUUAUACAGGUACCUAUCAAUAUCUGAUUGCAAGCUCAAGCCCACCUCUUGUCUGACAUGAUGUUUCUGGGAUGUAUUAAUGUAAUUUUUUUUUCCAUUUUCCCACUUCAGGUUUUACUUUUCUAUAUCACUGACAAUAAAACUUUUCUAAUCUGCUCAUCAAGGCACUCCCAAAAAAACUGAUUUAAGAAUCAAACUGAAUUGUGCAGCAAUAUGUACAACACUGAA